AUGGCUUACACCAAGAUUGCUUUACUAGCUGCUGUCGCUGCUUUGGCUUCCGCCCAAACCCAGGAAGAAAUUGACGAAUUGAACGUUAUUUUGAACGAUGUUAAAUCCAACUUGCAAGAGUACAUUAGUUUGGCUGAAGACUCUUCAUCUGGAUUUUCCUUAAGCAGUCUGCCAUCUGGUGUUUUGGACAUCGGUUUAGCUUUGGCUUCCGCCACUGAUGACUCCUAUACCACUUUGUAUUCUGAGGUUGAUUUUGCUGCUGUUAGUAAGAUGUUGACUAUGGUUCCAUGGUAUUCUUCCAGACUUCUACCAGAGUUGGAAUCCUUGUUAGGAACUUCCUCCACCGCCGCCUCUUCUACUGAAGCUAAGACCUCUUCUGCUGCUGCUUCUUCUGCUGCUACUUCUUCCGCUGCUACUUCCUCCAGCGAUGCCACUUCUUCCGCUGUUGCUUCUUCCAGCGAGGCUACUUCUUCUGCUGUUGCUUCCUCCAGUGAAGCUACUUCCUCUGCUGUUGCUUCCUCAAGUGAAGCUGUUUCUUCCACUAAAGCUACCUCUUCUAAGGCUUCCUCCGCCGUUGUUUCUUCUGCUGCUGCUUCUUCCACUAAAGCUUCCGCCAUCUCUCAAAUCUCUGAUGGUCAAAUCCAAGCAACCAGUACCGUUUCUGAACAAACCGAAAACGGCGCUGCCAAGGCUGUUAUCGGUAUGGGUGCUGGUGUCAUGGCUGCUGCCGCCAUGUUAUUAUAA